CCUGAGGUUGGGUCCAUCGCCGAGGGCUGCUAACUGUGACGAAGCCUAGAUCUUGGCAUUGUCCGUUCUGAGGACACAUACUAGUUUUCCACUGAAGCAAAAGAGCUAAGCAAAUUUGCCGGCCAAGGUUCUUGAGCGCAAAUUGGGUCCACACACGACAGCGAUUAGGGGAUUGCCACAGUAACAGGACUUUCAAUUACAGCAUCUUGAGUAUCUUGAUAUACAUUUACGCAAACUGAUUCACGAAAUAAAUCUAUAAUUCCAGGAUCGCUGAUGCUGGCCUGAUACUACCUGAAUCGCCCUUAUCACGCGACCUGCAGCCAGCGCAUAGCAAACACCAUGCUUGCAUAUGGCAGCAGUGUUGCGGCACCAAGGAAUGCUUUGCCUGGCCAUCAGCUCGCGGCGCUACCUCGACUGGCGUAUGCUGGCGUGUGUAGGAGCCGACUUUCGGCCGGCCAAUUCUCGCAUCUAACUCCAGUACACCCUGUGCCGUCAACAUGCCGGAAUAUCAAAAUACCAAUAGCCGCAUCGGCUGCUGCAGCCACUCUUUACACGUCAGAAUUGCAGCCAUGCACGACGCAGCAGCAGCAACAACAACUCGGGAUCUUUGAGGCCUUGCGGAGAUGCCGGGCCGUCUUUAGCUGCUUGGCCUUUUGCGCAGUAUAUGCGCUUCUAUCCUGGGGCUCGGCGCCGGGAGCACCUUUUGCGUCGGCUGCGUUGACAUUGGGACCUGAUGCGCAAUCGACGGGCAUCACCAGUGCCGCCAAGUCCGCCUGGGCGGGGCUGGCAGCGGGCUUCCUGCACACGCUGUGCGGACCCGACCACCUGGCGGCCCUCACCCCUCUCACCAUCGGCCGUCCCCGCUGGGCCGCCUCCGCGCUGGGGGCGCUGUGGGGCUUCGGACACUCAACCGGACAGCUCAUACUUGGGCUGGUGUUUGUCGUACUCAAGGAGCGCUUCCACGACCUGGUCCCUCUGCUGUCCAAGUGGGCGGGGGUGGUGGUGCCGCUCACCCUCAUCGCCAUCGGCCUCAUGGGGGUGUACGAGAGCUGCUUCGAGGGACCCACGGGUCACCAGGCGGCGGAGCAGGAGGCGGAGGCGGUGGGGCUGGCGGUGGCAGGAGGCGGCUCCAUCGCCGCCUCCGUCCCCGCCGCCUCCUCCCCCUCCCUAACCGCCGGCCUCAGAUCCGGUCUGGGCACCUACGCUACGGGAAUCGUGUACGGCCUGCAACCAGAUGCGCUGUUCGUUGUCGUACCGGCGCUAGCGCUCCCCACCAAGCUAGCUGCGUUGUCGUACUGCAGCAGCUUCGUGGUGGGGACAGUGGCGGCCAUGGGAGGAUACACACUGGUCAUUGGCACCACCUCCCAGGCCCUCAUUCGCGAGCAGCCCUGGUUGCAGCGGCACCUCUCCACGCUGGCCUCGGGGGUGGCCAUUGUGGUGGGGCUGGUCAUGCUGGCGGGCGGGCUGGGGCUGCAGCUGCCGGGGCUGGGGUGAGGAGGGGGGG